AUGAGAGGUGAGCGCCAAACGCCACUACACAUCAUGCUGCUCGGUCGAAUCGCUCGUUGGCCGCCGGUCCGCGCGAGCUCGUCGCUGCAUGGCCUUACUCAUGUCAACGCCGAGAAGCAGCCAACCAUGGUGGAUGUGAGCGGCAAGGCCGUGACAAAGCGCACGGCGACAGCGCGCUCAAUCAUUCGUUUGCCACCAGCAGUCAUGGCCGCGCUCCGGCACGACGCGGAGCUCGUGAGCAAGAAGGGUCCGGUGCUGUCGACUGCGACGCUUGCAGGCGUCAUGGGUGCCAAGCGCACGAGCGAUCUCAUUCCCUUUUGCCACCCACUGGGCCUCGAGAACUGCAAGGUGACCCUUGACGUGCGAGACGCCGACUCGACGAUCCACGUGCACUGCUCGGCGACCGUCACUGGUCGAACCGGCGUCGAGAUGGAAGCGCUCACGGGUGCGUCCAUUGCUGCGCUGUGCGUCUACGAUAUGUGCAAGGCGCUAUCCCACGACAUUGUCAUCACCGAGACGCGGCUGCUGGCUAAGACGGGCGGCAAAGCUGAUUUUACGGCGGCGCCAGGAACUUAG